CGUGGAAGAAGCGCGCGCGCCGUGCAUGCGAGAGGGUGAUGGAUGAGCAAUCGGGCGAGGGCCCUGCAGCUGUGGCUGUUCCCAUCAGAUGUCACGUAGACGUCGCAAGAGUAGCUUGACGAUGCGAGGCGUCGUGGAGGCGGCGCGUGCGCGAGCGGUGACGGCGAGCGUGAGAGGCGAGCGGAGCGCCGCGCCGAGCAGGCGCUUCACGCCCCGACCUCCAUCAUCAUCGGCCGCCGGGCAGGACGCCAAGGAAACAGCAGCAUGACUUCGUCAAGCACCCGCGUCGACGCCGAGUAUGACGCCACGACGCUCGGUGCGCUGCACACGCAGGGCGAGGAGCGCCGGCGUGCCGUCGUGGGCAGUGCGCACGUCGACCGCAGCCUCGCCGCCGCCAGCGCCUUCACGCAGCCGAUGCAGGAUCUGGCGACGACCUUCGCAUGGGGCCACGUCUGGAACCGUCCGGGCCUCUCGUUCCGCGAUCGCUCCCUGCUGAACAUCGGCAUGCUCGUGGCGCUGAACCGCUCGCCCGAGCUGGCCGUGCACACGCGCGGCGCCCUCACCAACGGCAUCGGCGAGGUCGAGCUGCGCGAGGCGCUGCUGCAGGCGGCCACGUACUGCGGCAUGCCGGCGGGCAUGGAGGCGUUCCGCGUGGCCGACAAGGCGCUGGGCGAGUGGAAGCAGGAGAACGGCUAUGCGCCGGACCAGGUCGUGCCUGCGCAGCCAGAGGGCCGGCACAAGUAGCGAGCGCCACAAUGCCCACGUCACUUCACCAAGAACGAAGGCGUGAAGAGCGUGUCAUUCGGAGCUCUCGUACAGGUCUGCACGGCAGCGAUACACCGCCGAGGCAUCCGGCAGCA